AUGUUACAGGUGAUGAUAGCAUUUGAAGACCUGGCUGUGUACUUUACCUGGGAGGAAUGGCAGAAAAUGAACAAUGCUCAGAAAACCCUGUACAGAGAUGUGAUGCUGGAGACCUACAGCAGCCUCUUCUCCUUGGGGCACUGCAUUACCAAACCUGACUUAAUCUUCAAGUUGGAGCAAGGAGAAGAGCCAUGGAUGGUGGACAAAUGCUUGAAUCAGAGCCUUUCAGUGGUCAUGAAAAUGGAUGACCUGAUUAAGAUCAACCUGGAAAGUCAGGACAAAAAUCUGAAUCAGGAUUUUAUGAAAAAUAACAAGACAUCAGCUCACAAGAGAGUUGAAUUAAGAAAAACCCUUAGUUUAAAUUCAAGCCAUAUUCCAACAAUGAUUAUUAAAAAGGGAAUCUAUUCAGGAUUGAAGCCUGAGGAAUGCAAUAAAUGUCACACUGUGUAUCCCCACAGUGGGCCUGAUCAACUACAGGCUGGAGAGAAAUUUGAUAACACUAAGAUACCUGGAAAAUCUCUCCAGUUCUGUGAGCCUCUUAGUCAGUAUGACAAUAUUCACAUCAUGAAGCAGCCAUUUGGACCCACUGGACAAGCAAAAGUCUUCACAAGAAAGAUGUUCUGUAAAUCUGAGAGGGUUCAUAUGGCAGAAAACUGUAAUAAAUCAACUGUCACUUUUGGAAAAGCAACUCAAAUAGAAAAAGCUAUCCAUGAAAAUUCUAGCCUCAAUAUGCAUCAACAAACUCACACAAGAAAGAAAUUUUUUAAGUACAUUAAGUAUGUUGAACCUGUCAUUCACCAGUCACAUCUUGCAAUAAAUCACAGACUAAAUACAAGGGAAAAACUUUACACAUGUAACCCUUGUGGAAAAUCACUCAGUAUUAAUUCACCUUAUGAAUGUAAUGACUGUGGAAAAGACUUUGGACAAAAAUCAGUCCUCAGGAAAUGUCAACAAAUUCACACAGGAGAGAAAUCACAUGAAUGUAGUGAUUGUGGAAAAGCCUUUACACAAAAGUCAUACCUCAUAAACCAUCAGCAAAUUCACACAGGGGAGAAACUUUAUAAAUGCCUUCAUUGUGGAAGAGGCUUUCUGUGGAAGUCAGCCCUCAUCAGACACCAGAGAAUUCACACAGGGGAGAAACCUCAUGAAUGUAAUGACUGUGGAAAAGCCUUUGGAUGCAAGUCACACCUCAGGAAACAUCAGCGAAUUCACACAGGGGGGAAACCUCAUAAAUGUAAUGACUGUGGAAAAGCAUUUGGACGAAAGUCAGCCCUCAUCAUACACCAGAGAAUUCACACAGGGGAGAAACCUCAUGAAUGUAAUGACUGUGGAAAAGCCUUUGGACACAAGUCAAGCCUCAUCAGACACCAGAGAAUUCACACAGGGGAGAAUCCUCAUGAAUGUAAUGACUGUGGAAAAGCCUUUGGAUGCAAGUCAUACCUCAUAAACCAUCAGCGAAUUCACACAGGGGAGAAACCUCAUGAAUGUAAUGACUGUGGAAAAGCCUUUGGAUACAAGUCAGAACUCAUAAACCAUCAGCGAAUUCACACAGGGCAGAAACCUCAUGAAUGUAAUGACUGUGGAAAAGCCUUUGGAUACAAGUCACACCUCACCAUACACCAGAGAAUUCACACAGGGGAGAAACCUCAUAAAUGUAAUGACUGUGGAAAAGCAUUUGGACAAAAGUCACAGCUCAUCAUACAUCAGCGAAUUCACACAGGGGAGAAACCUCAUGAAUGUAAUGACUGUGGAAAAUCCUUUGGACACAAGUCAUACCUCAUGAAACAUCAGCGAAUUCACACAGGGGAGAAACCUCAUGAAUGUAAUGACUGUGGAAAAGCCUUUGGAUACAAGUCAGAACUCAUAAACCAUCAGCGAAUUCACACAGGGCAGAAACCUCAUGAAUGUAAUGACUGUGGAAAAGCAUUUGGACAGAAGUCAUACCUCACCAUACACCAGAGAAUUCACACAGGGGAGAAACCUCAUCAAUGUAAUGACUGUGGAAAAGCCUUUGGACACAAGUCACACCUCAUCAGACACCAGCAAAUUCACACAGGACAGAAACCUCAUAAAUGUAAUGACUGUGGAAAAGCCUUUGGACACAAGUCAAGCCUCAUCAUACACCAGAGAAUUCACACAGGGGAGAAACCUCAUCAAUGUAAUGACUGUGGAAAAGCCUUUGGAUGCAAGUCAGACCUCAUGAAACAUCAGCAAAUUCACACAGGGGAGAAACCUCAUGAAUGUAAUGACUGUGGAAAAGCAUUUGGACAGAAGUCAUACCUCACCAUACACCAGAGAAUUCACACAGGGGAGAAACCUCAUAAAUGUAAUGACUGUGGAAAAGCAUUUGGACAAAAGUCACAGCUCAUCAUACAUCAGCGAAUUCACACAGGGGAGAAACCUCAUGAAUGUAAUGACUGUGGAAAAGCCUUUGGAUACAAGUCAGACCUCAUAAACCAUCAGCGAAUUCACACAGGGGAGAAACCUCAUCAAUGUAAUGACUGUGGAAAAGCCUUUGGACGCAAGUCAAACCUCACCAUACACCAGCGAAUUCACACAGGGCAGAAACCUCAUGAAUGUAAUGACUGUGGAAAAUCCUUUGGACAAAAGUCACACCUCAUCAUACACCAGAGAAUUCACACAGGGGAGAAACCUCAUAAAUGUAAUGACUGUGGAAAAGCCUUUGGACACAAGUCACACCUCAUCGUACACCAGAGAAUUCACACAGGGGAGAAACCUCAUGAAUGUAAUGACUGUGGAAAAGCCUUUGGACGAAAGUCAGGCCUCAUCGUACACCAGCAAAUUCACAAAAGGGAGAAACCUCAAGAAUGUAAUGGCGAUGGAAAGGCCUUUGGAUGAAAGUCAUACCUCAUGAAACAUCAGUGAAUUCACACAGGGGAGAAACCUCAUAAAUGUAAUGACUGUGGAAAAGCAUUUGGACGAAAGUCACACCUCAUCGUACACCAGAGAAUUCACAUGGGGCAGAAAUCUCAUGAAUGUAAUAACUGGCAAAGCCUUUGGACACAAGUCACACCUCAUCAUACACCAGAGAAUUCACACAGGGCAGAAACCUCAUAAAUGAAAUGACUGUGGAAAAGCCUUUGGACACAAGUCAUACCUCAUAUUACACUAGAGAAUUCACACAGGGGAGAAACCUCAUAAAUAAUGAUUGUGGAAAAGCCUUUGGCCAUAAGUUAGGCCUCAUGAUACAUCAGCGAAAUCACACAGAGCAGAAACCUCAUGAAUGUAAUGACUGUGGAAAAGCCUUUGUAUGAAAGUCACGCCUCAUAUCACACUGGAGAAUUCACACAGGGGAGAAAACCCAUGAAAGUAAUGACCAAGGGAAAGCCUCUGGAUAAAAGUCAAUCCUUUAGAAACAUCAGAGAAUUCACACAGGGAGGAAACCUCAUGAAUGUAAUGACUUUGGAAAAGCCUUUUGACAAAAGACAAAACUCAUAUCACAGCAGAGAAUUCACACAGGGUAGAAAACUCAUGAUUGUAAUAACUGUGGAAAGCAUUUAGCCAUAAGUCAACCUUCAUCAUGCAUCAGGGAAUUCACACAGGGCAGAAACCUUAUGAAUAUAAUGACUGGAAAAGCCUUUGGACAAAAGUCAAACCUCAUAAUGCACCAGAGAAUGCACACAGUGUUGAAACUUCAUGAAUGUAAUGACUGUGGAAAAACUUGAUUUUAACUUCCAACUCCAAAUGCAUCAGAGGAUUCACACAGGGAAAUAACCUUAUAAAUGUAAUGACUAUGUAAAAGCCUUUUUCUAUAAGUUAUAUCAAAACAGAAUUCACACAGGGCAGAAACCGUAUAAAUCUAAUGAGUGUGGAAAAGCCUUUAUAAAUCAUAUGUUGUAAAUCAUAGCUCAUAUCACACCAGAGAAUUCACAUCGGAGAGAAACUUCAUGAAUGCAAUGACUGUAGAAAAGCCCUUGGCAAUAAGUCACAUCUCAGAAUGCAUUAGAAAAUUCACAUGAAAAGAAACCUUUUGGACAUAAUGACUUGGAAAGCUUUUUCCCAUAGUUCAGCCCUCAUUGCACAUCAUCUAAUUCAUAUGUGGGAAAACACUUUGUAUAUAAUGCAUAUGGAAAAGCCUUUAUCCAUAAGUAACACCCCAUAAAACAUCAGAAUUCACAUGGGGGAGAAACCAUAUGAAUGGAAUGAGUGUUGGAAAACUAUGCCAAUAUCACACAAUAUAACAUCGAGAAUUUA